GAAGAUCGCAAUUGCCCCACAGAAUGCACCUGCCGGAAACGCUGCUCCAAUGGAAUAAUAGUCGUUAAUUGCGCGGGAAAAAAUCUUGCAGAAGUACCAAACUUAAUGCCACGAGGUCUUAUUGAAUUGAACUUGAUGAGCAAUGACAUCCGGGAUAUUCCAGCAUUUCCUUAUUUGGAAAACGUGACUGUUCUGAAAAUGACAAACAACAAAGUUGAGCGGCUGAAGGCCUCCACUGUGGAGAAAUUAAAACGUGUCGAGAUUCUGCUCAUUGAUGCUAAUAACCUGACAACUCUACCCAGGGAAAUUGAAUCUCUGAAUUUUACAACGUUGGCGUUGGAGCAAAACUUGUUUAAAUGCGACUGUACGACUAAAUGGAUGAAGCACUGGCUGGUGAAGAAUAGACGUCGAAUACGAAACAUCGAAAAGGUGUUUUGUAACUCGGAGCAUGCUCUUGGCCGAGCAAUUUACAGUUUACCGGACGACGAGUUCAUCUGUGCUACCAUUAAGGAAAAGAACACAGGAAAGACAGUACCUAUAGGAACCAUAGCUGCCUGUACCCUUGGUGGUCUGCUAGCUUUAAUACUGAUUGUUGGUAUUGUUUUGUACAAAUAUUAUAGAGAAGUCAAAGUCUUCAUGUACACCCACUUCAACUGGCACCCGUUUGAUCGCAUUGAUGACUCGGAUCCAAAUAAGAUAUACGACGCCUUUAUAUCGUUCAGCGGGAAUGACUUCGACUGGGUGAAGACCACGUUACAAGAACGACUAGAAAAUCACGACCCCCCUUAUAAACUAUGCUUUCACCACCGCGACUUUCCAGUUGGCGAGCCAAUCGUGGAAAACAUUUUCAAAAGCGUGGAUCAAAGUAAACGCAUGUUAGUGGUGCUGUCUUCCAGCUACGCAAAGAGCGAUUGGUGUUUGAUGGAGUUUCGUGAAGCUCAUCGAAAAGUGUUAGAAGAUCGCAUGAAAUACCUGAUAGUUAUUCUGUUUGAUGAUGUGGACACGACAGAGCUGGAUGAGGAAUUUAAGUUGUACCUGCGAACCAACACGUAUUUGAGCGUUAGCGACAAGGGGUUCUGGCAAAAGCUGUAUUACGCGUUGCCCCUUCCUUCGUCGACGGAAUCAGUUGAGGAUAGAAGUUUCGAAAGCGUUGCUUUAAGCGGGAACAUUGAUAGCUCUGCAGAAACAAGAGGCGCUGGAGAUGGCUCAAAACACAGCGGACACCAUAGUACUUGUUGAACAGUAGAGCCGUCGCAUAUGCGUAAUCGCGGUGGACAAACCGAAAAGCCAAACUGAAGAGAAAAUAGCGGCACUGAAAUUAAGCAUUCGAAGAACAAUAGAAAAGAGUAACUGCUUGUGUGAUUCAUAUUUCUUGAGGCGUAAGUGACUUUGAUUCAAAGGCCCUCUGGGCUGCCUCGUGUUACUUGUUGUAGAGUUUCACUGGACAUGUGGCCGCAUUUGCCUAUCAAGAAUUGGGCUAGUUUGCAAGAACCUUUUUCUGUAAUGGAAGCGUAACCCUAGAUAAAGUAAAGGCAGAGCGCAUUUUCACUUCCGGUAUUUUUACAAGUAUUUAACCAUUAUUCGCCAAAGGCGAAGUGAACAUUGGUGAAUAUUCACCCAGACGAAGUCUUGGUGAAUAUUCAGCAAAGUUCACUGAGCCUGAGGCGAAUAAUUGUUUUAGUAUAAUUAUUAGACGUGAAUAUUAAGGACUACGAAAUAACGGACUAAAAUAUAAAAGUACAGACGCAAUUGUUGGUGUGCAUACACGUA